AUGGCCAUGCGGAACAAGAUCCGUCAUGAAUUCGACAAACUGUCGAUGAUGGCACUCGAGGCUCAGAAAGAGUCGUCGCCCCCUACACCACCCCUGCCGCGUGUGGCAUCAUCCAGGAAGGUGGACCCGCUUCGGCUCAUGGUGUAUGUAACCAGGAUGUUGGGGGUAAGUCCCGUGACCGUGGGGCCACCGUCGGCAGGUGGCCGGUCCACGUACCUCCAGUCGCGGGCAUGGAUGGUGUAUUCCUUGGCGCUGAUUAUGACCAGCGUUCUGACCAAUGGCCAUCGUGGAUUCACCUUCCUUGUGGACGUAAACAGCCGGACUGUGACCUCAGCGGUGGUCGGCGUGCUGUUCUCCGUCACGUUCCUCACGUCCGUCGUGAGCAGCCUGUUCUGCCUGGUGGGCACGGUGCGCAAGUACCGCCUGCUGCACACCAUCCUGUCCUGGCCGACGCCCGCCAACGGGCCCUCCGGCACUGUGCUAGCCUUGCAGAUCGCCGCGUCCAUCGCAGCCUACGGCGUCACUGACAUUCCCAUCGUCCUCAUGUUCCCCCCAAUCAUAAUGGCCACGCAACUGGUCCUUCUAGUGUGGCUGGUGAUAAACAUGGUGGACCGCUUUACGUUGGCGCACCUGCUAAAGCUGGUCGGCCACAGCUUCGCCGCCGUCAACGGCGAGCUGCAGCAGUUGGCGACCCUGGUGCGUGAGCGCCCACAGAAGUACCUUCCGGACGCGUCAGCCAAGGUGGCUGUGCUCCGAGACGCCCACGACAAGGCCCAGGACCAGCUCGACCACAUCACGAAGGCGUUCGAGCUGCAGAUGGUGGGCAUCCUGCUCAACGACUUCACGAAUGCUGUCAUGGUCGUGUACUUGACCGUGCAAAAGGUGUCAGGCAACAGCACGGGUUCCGAAUCUUUCUCGGACCGGCUUCUGAUCAACUCCACGUACAGCUUCGCGGCCACCGUCGUUGCCUGCAUGGCCAGCUCAUGGACAAGCCAGCAGGGAAGCGAAACGCAAACUUACGUCCAUAGAGUCCUCCGAAGUCCCUUCGUCAGCGAGGCCGAGACGCAGGAGGGCACGGUAAAACCAUUUCCUACGAAUUUUAAGGAAUUGGCCGAUAUUCCUCACUACCAGAAGAGAUUUUUCUGGGCAUUGACCGACGUUCCUGGGAAUCCCAAGAGAUGGUUUUACACUGGGAUGUGCUCUCAAGGUUGGACUGGCUUCUAA